UUAGUACUCUGGCUUGGCUGGUGGGACUCAUUAUCAGGAUGACAUCAUCUUCUUUUGGAUCCCGUCUUCUCUUCGCCAUGGUCGUAGUGACAAAUGCUAUUGAGGCCAGCACUAAACUGAUCAUGAAAAGUACAAGUGACCAAUCUUCUGGAAGUCCUAUCACCCUAUCAUUGUUCAGCUCAGAGGAAUUAGGGCAUGGGCUUCAGAGAAGUGUGGGUGGGUACAAAGAGGGACUGAAUGCAGUUCAGCUGAGUGACAGGCCUUGCCGUGUUGUUAUUCAGACGCAGUAUGACAGACCUGAGCUGGAGGGCCUUAGCCCUGUGCGUGUAGAGAUGGGUCCAGGAGACAAAAGGAAAAGAGCUGGUCAAAGAAAGAGGCAUUUUCCAGGGCUUGGAUGCUCAGAGCAUGAAGUGAAAAAUGUGUCUCCUGACAGUGAGAUCAUGCCUAACAGCAAGAGUCAUCAGUCAUCAGUCAUCAGGGAGUUUGGAAGGCAUAGGACUAAGGCUCUGAAUGGCAGAGAACCUGAGCUUGCAAUCAAUGAAUGGAAGGUUUCAGUGGAGCAGAGUUUAAGAAAACCCAGCUUUUCCCCCAUGCUGACUGAAACCAGCUCUGGCACCUCCAUGUCUUCAACAUCUUCAUUAACUACUGAAGAACACUCUACUCAGUCUCCUCUCACCAACAAACCCCAGGGAGGGAAUGAUUUAGCUAAGAAUGCAGUAUCUAUCCUUGGCAUGACAUUGUCUGACCGAGCUGAUUAUGAGGCUAUGAAACCUGCAGAAACACAGCAGCCCUCUAAAAAGAAAGGCAGGCAGUAUACAAAGAGGUCCAGCAGUGAGAAGAAGACGAUGACUUCUAAAGAAGCUGUGAGCUGUGAUCAUCAUUUGGACUGUGUGCCAGGUUCCUGCUGCAACCUCAGAAAACACACAUGCGACCCUCAUAAUCGAGGCCUCAAUAACAAGUGCUAUGAUGACUGUAUGUGUGAAGAAGGACUUCGCUGCUUCUCUAAGUUUCACCACCAUCAUCAAAAGGUUCUCCGAAAAAAGGGACGUUGUGUUGAUCCAGAGUAUAUAAACACUGGCCAUAGGGCAUUCACUGCCAUCUGAAAGAAACUUUUUCUGGCUUGAACGUCCCAUGUGAAUAUGCUAUUCCUGUGAUUUACCAUGUCCUUAUUGUGUGUAAUAGGACAUUUUGAUGUACACAUUCUUCGCUUGGUUUUGUCAUAUAAUUAAAAACAAUAGGUUUGUAUUGAAUGUCACUGAGGUUUAGUAUACACAACCUGUGCUUUAUUAAAUUCUUUUGAUGAACCUUUGUAAAAGAAAAUUGAUAAUAUUUCAGUCAACAAAUUACUUUUCUUAUUUACUUUUCUUAUUUACUUCAUUGAAUUGUGUUUUAUGUGUACCAGUUUUUUGACUAAACAUCUGAAAUGACGUUUUUUUUCUUUACAUUUUAAACACAUUUUCAAAUAUUCAGACUAAAUUAAUCAAAAUUAUGUUCUUGUCUAACAAAAGCAAAUAACCCACUCAAAGCAUGUAAACCUUGCAUAUUAAUUCAACUUGAAAGCAGGCAAACCCAUUGAGUCACUAUUACUGUAAGCUAGAUAUUAGUACAAGUUAUGCAUAACCUUGGACAAAUCCAUGUAAAACAUUUGCAGAAGAAAAAAAAAUGUAAAUUUAAUUUAUGCAGACAAUCAUGCAAGUUCCAUCACACAGAAAGAAAAUGUGUGUUCAUUCUGUCUCCCAUGCUACCCACUUUUUAAAAUACAGUUUUGCCCCCCAAACCAAAAUUUGUUUUAAUGAUUUAAAAUGAUGGCCCAGAAAAAUAAGACAGGGAAUUUUAAGUUAUGUAUUGCCAUAUUAAUACAUGCUAUAUUACAUUUGAUCAACAACAACAUGACAAAAAAGAGGCCCAGAGCAGAACGACUGCCUUACUAAUCUAACAGCUUGCUGAAUUAAAUUCAUUCUGUUACUGUUGUGGUUAGAGAGCUACAAGUCUAUGUUCCACCCACAAAGGCUCUCAUUGAGAGUUUGAUCAAGCUUUACAAGUUUUAGGCAAAUUCCAUUAAACCAAGUAGUUAUUAUUAAUAUAGUUAAUAUAUAAAAUAUUCAGAUUAGACAGCUAUGAUGUGUUGUUACAAUCGCUAGAGUCAUUUAGUUUUGAGUUGAAAAUGCUACAAUAAUUUCCCUCCUGCGCUCUGAUUGGUCGGUAGUAUUUUCUCUCCUGUGUUCUGACCUGUUUGUAGUAUUUUCUCUAUUGAACUGUGAUUGGCUACUUGUAUUUUCCCGUUCUUUCUGAUUGGCUAGUAAAACACACUUCUAUGUUCUUAUCAGAGUCAGUUUAAGAGGAGUCUGUCCACCUCCAUCAACCCAUUGUAGUAAACACGACUGCCAAUGCUAGAGGGCAACUGCAAUCGAUUCCACAAUGAAUAGGAGUGAAAGGAGCCAAACAGAUAAAAACAAACAAUUAUAAAUGUUUCAUGCCAUUCAUAUGAGAACCUCCUUUAAUUUUGUAAAGUAGGAGGAUGUAUUCCAUUACAAAGUCUAAGAAAACGUAACCGCAUCUUUCUGUUUUUCUAUAGCAUUUAUACAGCUUUUUUGCAUGUUGGACGCUAGUAUUAAUGCUACUGAGCACUGACAAGGUCACUGAGAGUGAAACAACAGAAUAGUUCAAAUAUUGUAUACUGUUCUGUGUUUUAUGCAUUUUUCUAUAUAAAUGGACAAACUGCUUUCGCUCAAAGGCUCCUUUGAGUAGUCCAUUCAUUUUGGACCCACUAGUGUUUAAAAAACCUGGAAGACACUACUGACUGGCAGUUCUCCUCACUACACAUUGUCUGGUAGUAUGUUGUUGCUCUAAUUGGCUGCUAGUAUUUUCCCUUCCUCCUUCUAAUUCACUUGUAUGCUCGUACCCUCUUGCAUUCUGAUUGGCUGGUGGUAUUUACCCCUUCUAUGCCCAGAUAGUCUGGGGAAUUUGUUUAAAAUGUUCAAAUCUGUUGCCCAGAAAAAUAUGAAUAGUAAUAUAGGUCAUUUGAUGAGAGCACUUGAAGAAAUGGUUGGAGGAAUUGCUAUUAAAGUAUCUGUUUUUGACAUUGUGCAUAAUAUUGUAGUGUGUUUAAGAAAUGUUUACAUGUUAGUUUUAGGUUCUGUGUUCUUUAGCAUGUGUUCACCGGGUUCUCAUCACUGUAACUAAACCCAACAUGUAUCCACUUCCGCAUAUUGAUGAUACCUUGUACCGGCUCUGUAUGGUUCAGUUCGCUGGACCUGCAGAGUCAGCCACCGAAUGCACCUGUGUGGUGAAGGAACACCUGGGCAAGGUGGUGUACCAGGUUAGGGCAAGGUGGCAGACUGUUGUAGUUCAUAAGGGCAGACUUGCCCGUUGAACAGAAGACCACACCAGGCCAGGUGGAACCGUCGUGUCUAGGACCGCGGAGGAGUUGGAAGGUGGCACUCCACCAGUGGCUGCACUGCUUUUAGCUCACAAGCAUGCAUGUAAAAGGAGGCCUUAGAAGAGGCUCAUGGAAGAUGUACGUUCUCCUUAAAAGAGGGAUUGUUAUUGUUUGUUAGUUAAGAUGUGUUAUGUGUUACUCGUGUCGUUCUGUGUAGGGGCAUGGGUUUAGUUGAGUGGGAUUUUGUAUUAACUGUAGAGCAUACGUGUGUGGCAUUCAGUGACCCUCUUGCCAUUCCAGCUGAAUUUCAAGUGGCUUUUCUGCCACAUUCAAAAUAAAAGAGCAUCUCUAAGC